AUGGACUAUCUGGGUGUAAAAAGAGGCGAUAUACGUGCUGAGGCAUACGCGCGGUUGGCUGCUUUGGCAGCCCUGGCGCCGCUGACCCUGAAAGACGUCACCAGCCAACUCCAAGCUAGCCUCAAAGAAAGGCUGAAAGGCUCUACCGGGGUGAUUUCGCUAGCUGAAUGGGAGGUGCUUGUAGCGUUUUGUGAUGCUACGGCUGAUUCUGUGAAUUCGACGCUGGGCGUGGCCGAAGACUACGAAAACGUCGCCCUGAAGUUGAGAAAGUACUUAGUAGAUUUACCCCAAUUCAAGUUCUCACGGGCUGUCCAUAAACAAUUGAACUCAAAUUCCGUGACUGUGCCUUGGAUCGUCUUGGCCAGCAAACUCACCGCUGCAUUGGUGAACUUGUCAUUCACCUGUGACGGGGAGCUCUUGGAGACAGUCGUAGACACCUUUACUGUCUUUUUCGAGAGACUCUUCCAUGACUCUGAUUUCCAUAGCGAGCAAUAUUACUCUUUGAUGGGCUUCAUAACUGCCUUGGAGCACAAGCCUCGCUUUUUCACCCGCUCCAAGAUCUCGUUCAAGAUCUUCUACUUGUUGGAGAGUUGUAUUGACAAUACCCAGUUUAUGCUGAGCGCCGAGCUGAUCGAACAUAGAAGCCGCGAACCUGAAAACGGCAAUGCCGAUGUAUCUCUGGUGUCCGACUCGUCAGAUGUGCCGCCUAUUGCGUUCAUCCAAGCAUUGUCUUCCUUGAUGGCGGCUAUCGCUAGUAGCAUUGUAGGUGACGAGGAGAACUCCUUGAUGUUGUACAUUCUUAACAGAAUUGCGGCAGACAAAUCAAUUGCAAGUUCGCAUGCUCCUGAAUACCUCACCAAUAGUGAGCUGCCCUCGAAUGGCUCGACGUACAUUCACUCCAACGCAACUUUGGAGAGCAUUUUCUCUGUUGUCGCUGAACCACAACUGAACAGCUCUUCAUCCACACUCAACCUCUCAAAUGACCUGCUUGAGUUCUUGAAUUGUUUGUCCGAAAUGGCUUUGAAGAAAUUGGACCUUCUCGACAGAGGCGAGCCCUACAUUGUGUACUCCACCAUAUCACGGUUGAAACUGGGCUACACGGCCAAAAGCAAGUUGCUCUCGGUUGUUGUGUGUGGUGUCUUGACAGCAUCAGUUGAGCUCGAGGCUGUGAGAAGAUUCUUUCAGACCUCGGUUCGUAUCUACGACACUAUGUUAGAUCCCCAAUUGGGAGUGUCUGUUAUCCAACUCGGGUCGAUUCUUGUCUUCAAAGAUCCUGCUAUCGGGUCAUCCCUCACUCGCGCUUUAACGUCGCUCAUUGCAAACCCUCGUUUGUCUCUUGCUCAAUGUCAAGGUAUGUCCAAGAGUGUUGGUUUAGCUAGCAGAGCUUUGAGCCAGGAUGCUGUGGUGACUACUAUUUAUGCAUUGACAAACUUGCUCUUUGUUGGAAACGAUGGUUUGCAAUUGCAGGCACGUUCUAGAAAAGGUUCGGGUCUUCGCACAGUCUCUGAUGCUGGAAGUAGAUCUAGUGCUUCGGCAAACCCAAAUCGUCUCAUUCGCAACAACACUUUGUCGAAGACUCGUAGCAACACCAGUAUUUCUGGUCAGCACUACGACUUCAGUGAGGCAGAUUACCAAAAAGUUUGCCUCAACGCUGUUACCGCUAUUGGUGAGAUUGUGGCUGCUUGCGGUGAUGAGAGCGUCAGUAUCUUGGCUGCAACUCUUUUAUCCCAAAAGGUGUUGAAGAUCAAUGCCAUUUUUGCUCCUUCUUUGCUCACGGGUCUUAUCUCAUGUGCACCUUACUUGCCACAGAAGGAGUUUAUCGUUAUGGUCAGGCUUCUUCACAAGCUUUCAUUAGAUGCUUUCCAUAACAAUGAUCGUGAAUUACUAGAUGCAUUUAGCGAUGCUCGAAUUAAACUUGCACAGAUUCUCAAACCUGAGAGUGAGCUUUACUUCGUUUACUUAUCCGAGAUUCUCUCUGCUAUCAUUAGCCGUGGUGACGUCCAAGUUCUUGAUCAUCAUAGACCUCACGAUGAAAUCAGUGCUAUUGGCGAUCAAAUUGCCUUGUAUUUGAAACCAUUGGCCGCGCUUUUGCCAGAUGUUCAUAAGGGCCAAAAACCUUUGAAGGUCGAAGACAAUCAGAUUUUGUUCUUGUUCCGUAAUAUUUGGUUCAACAUGGUUGUACAUGGGUUUUCCAUUAAGUCGCCUCAAACGAAGGCUUUGGGCAACGAACUUGAACGCAUCGCAUACAACACACCUCCAUUGGCUUCGGAGCUUUCUUGGAAUAGAACAGAAACUUCAUUGGAGCUCAAUACAGUGUUGAGACGUGGAUCCUCGAAUCAUAACGUUAAGGAUCAUCGCAAUAUUGUUGGUGAUGUCUUGGAGAUUCCUCGCACUAUGUCUUACUCAAAGCUCAUGUUCUUGGCUGCCACGCUCUACGUCGAGUCCUUGCGUGUCAAAUCAGGAAACUGUUACACCAUUCUAGAAUACUUCACUGAUCCAUCUAUGAAGACCAGUGACAUCGAGAAGUAUCUCGGUCCAAUUGCAUACAGAAUUAACAAAGAUUUCAUCAAUCUUGUUCACUGUGGUGCGGACAAACAAUUCUCAGCUCAAAAUAUCGCCGAGCAGCUCACCUCGAUGUUGACAUUAUGCUGUUCAGGCCUUGAAAAGCUCCAAAUCGCUGCGUUCACUUGCAGCGAAUUGCUCAUCAAAAAUGUGCCAUCCUCUUUGUGUCACCACCGCAGUUUGUUCGCUCUUUUUGACUUGUUGUCACUCUUACAUGACAGUGUUCUUGAUGCAGAGAUCAACCAAUACAAUCCUACUUUUGUUUUCCGGGCACAGAAGACUGGUAUCACUCUUAAAUUGCCAGAUUCAUAUGACUGGCGUUACUCAACUUUUAACAAAUUCCACAGUGAGGCCAAGAAAUGGGUGAAACUCAUUCUCUUGAAAUGUAACUUCGAUACCAAGAGUUUGAUUCAAGCAUAUGUUUCAGGUCUCGAUAGAUUCCAGUCGAAUAAGAAGAUUCAAUUCGGUGUGUCUUUUGCUUUGGAAAUGGCUGGCAUGAUCGCGGCAACUGAUCGUGAGUUGAUAAAUCUUCCAUGGCUUGCACGGGAUUCAACUGUAAAUCUUCUUCCACCUGUGAUUUCUCAGUUGACUUGGCGCUCAAACUUCAUCAAUGAUUUGUUAGACAGAGUCUCAUUGCAUACAUCUGAAGGCAGGCUGAAGGCCUUGGCUGAUUUACGUCUGCAAGUGCUUUCAUUCCAAGCUAUGGUUGAUGCGGGAGAAACUAGGUUCAGCGUUAAAGACAUCACUGAUAUUUUGAGUGAGAUUGCAGGAUACGCUUUGGUGCAAGACAGCGAUCUUGCUGAGUUGAUUAGAUACCUUGUGGAGAUCCCAUUUAAGGUUUUUGAGUCUGUAUCCAUGCGCGCAUCGGCUAGUAUCUGGGGCGCAGUUAUCAAGGAAAGGCCAAACCUCUCCGUUCUAUUGAUCUCUGAAAUCACCAAGUGUUGGGAGACAUCCAUCAAAUUGAAGCAAGGUGUCUUCACCCGUGCUUGCGACUUAAGUGAUCCAGAAUACAGCAAAAUGGAGUUUCUGCCAAGUGACUAUGAACACGCUUCUAAGGUUGCUGCAGGAGUUAACAAGACAUUCCAGCCACAUCUGGAGAUAAUCAAGUUGUUGGCUUCCAAUUUCGAGGCCACGAUGAAUCAGAGUGAUCAUCUCUUAAAAAUAUUUACGAGAUUCGUGACAACUGGUUUGCGCAAUAUCAUUAGCGGCAGCUUGCAUCCAUUUGCUAGAUUCGUUAGAUUCGAACUUGUGAGAUUUGCGUUUGACGUUUUGGAUUAUCACGCUAAACUUGGAAGCCGGAGUUGCAGAAGACUUACCGAACUCAUCUUUGACAGCGCAUUGUCUUGGUUCAAGGCGAAAUCGCACUAUCCAUUUGGUGGGAACGUAUUGAAGGUUAAGGCCGACUACACUUUGCUCAAAGAGGUAGCCAAAAUUCUUAAGACAGUGGAUACAUUUAACAAAGAGCUGUUGGAGAUCAAAAAGUCUUUGUUGACUUUAUUCAUGGACGACGAAAUUUCAAAAAUCAGUGUCUGGCUUGAUUGUGUUGACCCUGUGGAUAGCUCUGGAACAUACACUAACGAGACUAUCAAGGACAGUCAUGUUGUUCGUGCCUAUUCUAUUGACCCUCAAUUAGCGUUGAAUUUGGCCCAUCGCUACAAGAUUCGGAAUUUGGACAUUGUAUUACAGAAGUUGAUCCUGGAAAAUCCAAUUCCAGCAAUUCCAUACGCAGAUGCUGUGCAAUACUUUAUUGGUAUCAAUGCUGGUCAGAACAUGCCCCUGUAUACGCUUUUGUUCUGGGAGCCUUUAUCUCCGGUAGAUGCAAUCACUCUUUUCUUGCCGCCUUUUGGAAGCAAUUCUUUCAUUUUGCAGUACACUAUGAGGUCCCUCGAGCAUCACGAUGUGAACUUGACAUUUUUCUACGUUCCCCAAAUUGUGCAAUCUUUGCGGUAUGAUAGCAAGGGUUACGUUCAAAAGUUUAUUCUCGAAACAGCUCUUGUGUCUCAACUUUUCGCCCAUCAGAUUAUCUGGAACAUGUUGGCAAAUAGCUACAAAGACGAAGAGGCAACCCAACCUGACUCGUUGAAACCCCGUUUGGAUGAAAUACAAGAGCUUAUGUUGGCCUCGUUCAGUGAGGAAGAUUUAGGGUUCUACAAAAGAGAAUUCGGUUUCUUCAGUGAAGUCACAUCUAUUUCUGGUAAGCUUAAGCCAUACAUCAAGAAAUCAAAGGCAGAAAAGAAAAUAAAAAUUGAUGAAGAGAUGGCCAAGAUUGUUCUUAGACCUGGUGUUUAUUUGCCUAGUAACCCCGAUGGUGUCUUGAUUGAUAUCAACAGAAGAUCGGGAAGACCAUUGCAGUCGCAUGCUAAAGCGCCAUAUAUGGCUACUUUUAAAAUCAAAAAAGAAGUUGAAGAUGUUGAUGAAUACGGACGUGUCAUCAAGGUUCCAAUUGAAAAAUGGCAAAGUGCUAUUUUUAAGGUUGGAGAUGAUUGUAGACAAGACGUUCUUGCCCUUCAAAUGAUCUCUGUUUUCAGAACGAUUUGGCUCAACGCCGGUCUUGACUUGUACGUUUUCCCAAAUCGUGUCACAGCAACUGCUCCUGGAUGCGGUGUCAUUGAUGUUUUGCCAAAUUCCACAAGUAGAGAUAUGCUUGGAAGAGAAGCUGUGAAUGGAUUGUAUGAAUACUACAUUACGAAGUUUGGACCUGAAACAUCUAUUGAGUUCCAGAAGGCUAGAAAUAACUUGGUGAGAUCGUUAGCAGGUUACUCGAUCAUCUCAUACUUAUUGCAAUUCAAGGAUAGACACAACGGAAACAUCAUGUACGAUGACCAAGGACAUGUGUUGCAUAUCGAUUUCGGAUUCUGUUUCGACAUUGUCCCAGGAGGAGUUAAGUUCGAGGUCGCUCCAUUUAAGUUGACGCGCGAGAUGGUCAUGGUACUUGGAGGCUCAAAUGAAACACAGGCUUUCCGCCGCUUCCAAGAGUUAUGUAUCAAGGGAUAUUUGGCCUGUAGACCUUACAUGGAGACAAUCGUGCGCUGCAUCAAUCCGAUGUUGGAGAGUGGAAUGCCAUGUUUCAAGGAACAGACCAUCAGAAAGUUACGGAAGAGAUUUGUUCCUAACAAGAGCGAGAAGGAUGCCGCAGAGCAUUUCCGUGGGUUGAUCAAAAAGGCUUACGAGAGUUACUACACUGCCGGGUACGACGAGUUCCAAAGAAUCACCAACGGUAUUCCAUACUAG